AUGAACGGCGCCGGCGCCUUCGACAAGUACGCGUCCGUGGCGUCGUCGUUCGCGCCCGUCAUCCUGGCCCAGUUCCUCGUGCCGACGCUCGACGCGUCCUACGGCCGCGAGUUCCGCAGCGUCGUCUCCCUCCCCAUCCGCCCGAGCGUCCUCGAGCGCCACUUCGUCUUCUCGCGGGGCGCCCUCGAGCGCGGCCGCUGGUGGACCGCCGCGUCGUACAUGCUGCUCCACGUGGACCACGCGCACGCGAUGGCGAACCUCCAGGGCCUCGUGCUCAGCGGGCCCGCGGCGCUCGACGUUCUCGGCGGCGUCGGUGCUAUUUUAGUGUACGUGACGGCCGGCGUCUGCGCGGCGCUGGACCCGGCGAAACUCACGGAUUUACAGCUCGAGCGCCGGCUCCGCGCGCGGUGGUCCUCGGCGACGGCGGCGCUGUCCCGGCGCGCCGCGCCGGUGCUCGACGCGCUGGGCCUCGACCCGGCGUUCCUCGAGCCGCCGAAGGCGCGAGUUCCUCGCCCGCGCGACGACCGGGGGGGCUUCGGCGGCGUCGGCGACGCGCUCGGCGACGCUUUGGCGUCCGCGGCGGCGACGGCGCGGCGCACGCUCGACCUCGGGUCGUCGGCGCUGGACGACACGGCGAGCACCAUCGCCCGGAACGUCGCGAAGACGCGCGCGCGCCAGCGGCGCCUCGUCGGCGCGUCCGCGGGCGUCGCGGCGCUGCUGGCCGUCGACCUCUGCGCGUCCCUCGAGCGCCUCGCGGCGCCGCGGCGGCCGGCGAGCGACGACGCCGUGCUCCACGCGCUCCUCCACGCCGUCGGCGCGCUGCGCUACUUCGCGGGCGAGGUGAACCGCGCGUGGACGGGCAACGGGCUCGGGGGCGUCGACCACGCGGCGCACCUCAACGGCGCGCUCGUCGGCGUCGCGUUCUACGUCGUCGGCCGCGCGCUCCGCCGGCGCCGCGCGCGCGCGGACCGCGGGCGGCGCCUGGGCCGCGGCUACGUCGGCGGCGAGAGCCGCGACGUGAGCGCGCCCGCGCCGAUGACCCGCAGCCGCGGCGGCGGCGCGGGCGAGCUCGGCACGCGCGGCGACAGCGACGCGGCCACGGGCGGCGGCGACGGCGGCGGCGGCGCCGCGGCGCCGCGCGGCGCCGCGGCGGACCGCACCUGGCCGCCCCAGCGGCUCGCGCGGUCGCGCACGCGGCCCGGCGGCGUCGCGCUCCGCGCGUCGUCGAGCGACGAGCCCCGCUCGAAGCCGCAGUCGCUCCCGGCGUGCUCGUCGGGCAAGGCGUUCGGAUGGCGCGGCUCCAAGGCCUCGUCCGUCGCCGAGUUCAAAGACCAGAUCGCCGGCGACGCGGCCGUGCCCGCCGCGGAGCAGCGCCUCAUCUACAAGGGCCGGGCGUUGCAGGAUGCGCAGCUCCUCGCGGAGCUCGACAUCGAGGACGGCGGCACGGUGCACCUGCUCCGCGCCGUCGCGCGCGCGCCCGCGCCCCCGGCGCCCGCGGCGCCGACGCUCGCGAACCCGGCCGGCGGCGGCGGCCUCGACCUCUUCGGCGGCGGCAUGGGCCCGGGCAUGUCCCAGGCCGACAUGCAGCGGCGCCUCAUGGCGGACCCGGAGGCCAUGAGCCGCGUGCUCAACAGCCCGCUCACGCGGAGCCUGAUGGAGAACCCGGCGCUGAUGCAGUCCAUCGUCCAGUCGAACCCCCAGCUCCAGCGCGCCAUGGAGCAGAACCCGCAGCUGCGCCACGCCCUGACGGACCCGAACCUGCUGCGCGAGGCCGUCGAGGUCGCGCGGUCGCCCGCGCGGCUGCGCGAAGCGAUGCGCCACCAGGACCUCGCGCUCUCGCAGCUCGAGAACCACCCCGAGGGGUUCAACGCGCUGCGCCGCAUGUACAACGAGGUCCAGGAGCCCCUCUUCGACAGCCUCGACAACAUGGGCGGGACCGGCGGCGGCGGCGGCGGCGCCGCGCCCGCCGUCCCCGAGGACCCGAACGCGCCGCCGGGCGCGCUGCCGAACCCCUGGGCGCGGCCGGCGGCGCCGGCGGCGCCGGCCAUGCCGGCCUUCGACCCGGCCAUGUUCGCGGCCAUGGCCGGCCGCGGGCCGCCGGGCGCCGCGCGGCCGCCGGCCUUCGACCCGGCGCUCCUCGCGGCCAUGCCCGGCGCGGGCGGGCCGCCGCCGCCGGGCCUGGACCUCCUCUCGCUGCUCCGGCCGCCGACGGCCGCGGCCGCGCCGCCGCGGGCCAACCCGGCGAGGCCACCGCCCCCGGCCAACCCCUGGGCCCACAUCCCGGACCCGCCGGGCGACGACGACGACGACAUCUACGGCUGA